AUGCUGUCUCGCCAGCUGCAGCAAAUGCAGUCCGAUAAGGAUAUUCCCGGGAUCAGUUGUGGUCUGGUCGAUAACAACGUCUUCGAAUGGGAGGUAAUGCUAAUGAUUUCCGACGAUGUCAAGCUCUACGGGGGUGGUAACUUCCGAGCACGUCUGUCCUUCCCUUCAGAGUAUCCCCAUCGUCCUCCCAAUAUGAAGUUCGAAUCUCCCCUCUUCCACCCAAACAUCUAUGAGAACGGCGAUGUCUGCAUUUCCAUCUUGCAUCCACCCGAGGAGGACAAGUACGGCUAUGAAUCUGCUUCGGAGCGCUGGUCCCCCGUGCAAACCCCCGAGACCAUCCUCCUCUCCGUGAUUUCCAUGCUUUCCAGCCCGAACGAUGAAAGCCCCGCCAACGUCGAAGCCGCCCGCUUAUGGCGCGAGGACCCCGUUGAGUUCAAGAAGCGUGUGCGCAGAUGUGUCCGGGCUAGCUUGGAAGAGUAA